AUGAAGUACAAAGGCAAUAAUAAGGGUAAACAUGCUAGGGCGUACCCCGUAAGCGACGAAGAUACGGCGAAUGUGAGAUAUGUUAGGGCGUUCCCCACAAGCGACGACCCCGGAGCAUUUGACAAGAAUAUACAUUCGCAAUCGACGCACAAAAUCAGAAUAGCGACGUGGAAUCUGGGAUCUCUUACCGGACGCAGCCAAGAGCUCGCAAGCACGCUAACACGGCGGAAUAUAAAUAUAUGCUGUAUACAGGAGACGCGAUGGAUGGGGUCAAAAUCCAGAGACCUAGGACUGGGAUAUCAGCUGGUUUACCACGGAACAAACAACAAACAAAAUGGAGUCGGAAUUGUGUUGGAUCAUCACUUCAAAAGUAGAAUUGUUAACAUCGAAAGAAAAUCAGACCGUCUCAUGGCCAUAAAAAUAGCACUAGAUAAUCAACCUAUCAUGAACGUCAUAUGUGCCUAUGCACCUCAAUCGGGCUGCAAAGAUUCAGAAAAGGACGAAUUUUGGGAGGAAAUUGAUGAAAUGCUAGUGAAGAUACCAAUGGGGGAGACAAAAUUUGUGUUGGGGGAUUUAAAUGGGCACGUGGGGAAUUCAAACACUGGUUAUGGAGGUGCGCAUGGGGGUUUUGGCUACGGAAGCCUCAACAAAGACGGGGCGCUUAUAUUGGAAUUCGCAGCACGACAUGACUUAAUUAUUAUUAAUACAUCUUUCCAAAAAAAAUUUGAACACCUUGUAACAUACAAAAGCGGAGGUAAACAAUCACAAAUUGAUUACAUCCUCGCUGAUAGCAAGCUUAAACGGAACUUUAAAGAUUGCAAAGUGAUUCCCGGCGAAGCCUUAACUGCCCAACAUCGCAUUUUGGUUGGCGUUUACAUGCUCCCCAAGCCUAUCAAAAUAAAAAUAGAUAGAUCCGCGCGAAUUAAAUGGAAGGAACUCACUAGCUCUAAAGGGGCUACUCUCUUAGCCGAUAUGUGCGACUUUCUAGCAAAGGAUAUGGAAAACAUCUAUGAAUGUGUAGAACCUAUGUGGGCAAAUUUUGAAAAAACAUGUAGAGACAGAGCUGGCAAAAUUUUGGGUAUUGCCAAAGGUGGCUUAAGCAUAGGAAAGGACCCAUCCUGGUGGAAUGAUAAUGUCAAAGUCUCCGUGCAGAAUAAGAAGGAAAAAUUUAAAAUCUGGCAAAAGUCUGAGCUAGAUGAGGACCACGCAGAAUACAAGGAAGCAAAGCGUACAACAAAAAGAAUGGUAGCGCGAGCUAGAGCUGAAGCAGGGGAUGUAUUGUACAAUAGAUUGGAUAACGCAAAGACCUAUGCAGAAAUUUUCAAACUCGCCAAAUCUAGAAACCAAGCAACUCAAGACAUAAAAACCAAUAAAUUUAUCCGUAGCUCAGAUCAAAAACUUCUAACCAACAAUGAGGAUAUAAACCGCAGAUGGUUUGAGUACUAUAAAGAUCUUAUGAAUGAAGAGUUUCCUAGUCAACAUUCAGAAGCACUCAAGCCUGUCGAAGGACCGAUACAGGAGAUUGGAGUAGAUGAAGUAAGGAUUGCGGUCUCAAAGAUGAAAAACCGAAAAGCCGUUGGUCCCGAUGAAAUACCCUCAGAGUUGUGGAAAUUCCUAGGACCCAUAGGGUCAGAAUGGCUCACGAAACUUUUUAAUCUCAUUUUAAAGACUGCAACUAUACCGGACUCCUGGCGCCUGAGUCAUUUAGUACCAUUUUACAAAAACAAAGGUGACAUCACAGAUUGCAGUAAUUAUCGAGGUAUUAAAUUGACAUCACAUUCUCUCAAAAUCUGGGAACGUAUUAUAAAUAGGCGAAUACAAUCUCUCUCCGAAAUAACCCCUAAUCAGUUUGGAUUCCGUAUGCCAGUCCGCAUCAAAGGCAAAAUUUAUAAGACGGCCGUGAGACCUGCGCUGAUGUACGGAUCGGAAUGCUGGCCGCUUAAAGAGGCGCACACACAAAAACUUCAUACGACUGAGAUGAAAAUGCUUCGAUGGUCGGGAGGGGUGACUAGGCAAGACAAAAUUAGAAACGAGUACGUUCGCGGAAGCUUCAAAGUAGCCCCUAUACCCGAUAAGCUGAAAGAAAGUCGUUUGAGGUGCUUUGAACUGGCGCUGCGGGAGCCGACCAGCGCUGGCGUCGCGUCGCCGCGGCAAGACGACGAAGCUCGAAAGACGCUAGUGUGGGGGGUCUCUAACAGUGAAGUUGUCGCAAAGCCAAGUCGUGUAGAGUGUGUUCUUCUCACAGGCAGCACCACGAACGCGCAACACUCGCAUCGCUCGCAACGCACGCAACGCAACGCAACACAACACUCGCGAGCGUUGAGAGCCGUGGAGCGGGAUAUUGAACGGAACACUGCCUCGCUGCGGCGGAUUUUUGUGUGA